CAUGCCCGUGGGGCCUGAAGGUGCUUUGUUCGGCAACCCGAGCAGUUGAGAGUUCAACGGCAAGUUUCGAAGAUGCCGCCCAAAGGAAAAAGUGGUUCUGGAAAAGGGGGGAAAGGGGGAGCAGCCUGUGGGAGUGACAGUGCUGGCAAGAAGGCUGAGGGUCCCAAAGGUGGAGGCAGUGCAGUAAAGGUCAGACACAUUCUAUGUGAAAAACACGGCAAAAUCAUGGAAGCCAUGGAAAAGUUAAAGUCUGGAAUGAGAUUCAAUGAAGUGGCCGCACAAUAUAGUGAAGAUAAAGCCAGGCAAGGGGGCGACUUGGGUUGGAUGACCAGAGGGUCCAUGGUGGGACCAUUUCAAGAAGCAGCAUUUGCCUUGCCUAUAAGUGGGAUGGAUAAACCUGUGUUUACAGACCCACCGGUUAAGACAAAAUUUGGAUAUCAUAUUAUUAUGGUUGAAGGGAGAAAAUAAAAUCAUAUGUGAGACUGAAUAA